CACUCCGUCACCCGACCGCGCGCGUCCGCUGCCUCCCUUCACGAAAGACGAGCCGAACGCGUAUGCGCUAUCUUCCAACACAGGCGAAACAGUUAAGACUACAAAAUCACGAGACGGUGGCACGUGACCCGUUUUCCGGAAGCAGUCGGCUUGUCCUGUGACUGGAGGUACCUGGUGUUUUGCAGUACAGGUACAUUUUAAAGUUUAAUAGUCACAGUGGUUCUGGAGGAAAUUGGGGAAAAAUAUCAGCUUGGUCAAAAUUAAAAUGGCCACUUCUGAUUACGUUUUGCUCCAUACUGGACAGAAGAUGCCUCUUAUUGGGUUGGGGACAUGGAAAAGCGCACCUGGUGAGGUGAAAGCAGCUGUCUGGAAUGCUGUAAAGACAGGUUAUCGUCACAUAGACUGUGCUGCAGUGUACAACAAUGAAGCUGAAAUUGGAGAGUUUUUUAAAGAGAAUGUCGGUACUGAUAAGAUGAUAAGACGUGAAGAACUUUUUGUGACCUCCAAGUUGUGGAACACUAAACAUCAUCCUGAAGAUGUGGAAGUUUCCUGCUGCAAAUCCUUGGACGACCUGAAGCUCACUUAUCUGGAUUUGUACCUGAUUCACUGGCCUCAUGCUUUUGAACGAGGUGACAUUGCUUUUCCAAAGAAUCCUGAUGGCACAAUAAGAUAUGAUUUUAUUGAUUAUAAGGAAACUUGGAAAGCAAUGGAGACCCUAGUGAAAAAGGGCUUGGUUAAAGCUAUUGGACUCUCAAAUUUCAACAGUCGACAGAUAGAUGACAUAAUUUCAACAGCUACUAUCAAACCUGCAGUGUUGCAGAUUGAAUGCCAUCCAUAUCUUGCCCAGAAUGAGCUGAUUGGACAUUGCCAGAAACAUGGAUUAGUGGUGACAGCAUACAGUCCUCUUGGUUCCUCUGAUCGGUUGUGGAAAGUACCAGAUGAACCAGUGUUACUUGAAGAUACCAACAUUAAAGCUAUAGCUGAAAAACAUGGGAAAUCCCCUGCUCAAGUUAUGCUCAGAUGGCAGGUACAACGUGGAGUGGUAGCCAUUCCCAAGAGUGUCAAUCCAGCACGAAUUGCCCAAAAUCUUCAGGUGUUUGAUUUCAGCUUGACUGAAGAUGAGAUGAAAAGAAUUGGAACUCUCAACAGAAACUGGCGUUACAUUGUGCCAAAAAUUCAAGUUGGCAAUGAAUUUGUACACAGAGAUGCGCAACAUCCCUAUUACCCUUUCAAUGAUCCAUAUUAAUGCUUCUGCCUGACGUGUUUGUAACGUUGCAUGAAAAUCAACUUCUUACUCUACUUGUAUGAGUCCAUAAAUAAGUAAUCUUCA